AUGGAAAGGCGGCUUGCUCGGGUACACGGGAUGAAGAGAGGGAAAGCGUCGGAGGUGGCAGAGACGAAGAGGGAGGGAGAGAGCGUCGUCUGCGCAUGGUCGGAUGACCAAUUUGGGAAUCCCGUCGAUUCCACUCCUCGUGAGCUCGUCUCCAUUAACAAGAAGAACAAGCGUCUUUGGUCAUCCAACGACUGGAAGAAGAAGCUCUCCUCCUUCAUUAAUUUCUUCCAAUCCAUUCGAGAUCUAGGCCUUCUCCAUAACCACACCAAAGUUAUCUGCGUUUCCGCCGGCGCUGGCCAUGAGGUCGUGGCGUUGUCUCAUAUAGGAGUUCACGAUGUCACCGGUAUCGAGUUGAUUGAUUCGCCUCCUUUGGUGAGUCGUGCUGAUCCUCAUAAUUUGCCUUUCUUUGAUCAUGUUUUUGAUUUGGCGUUUACUGCUCAUUUGGCUGAGGCGUUGUUUUCGUCUUGA